AGAACAGCCCUUAGCACCUUAAUCAGAGCAGUCAAAUUAGUUAAAUCAUCCACUGAUAGAUUAUCUGAUUAUCUGGCCAGUUUAAUAAAGGCGAAUUAUCUUUUCUCUUGCGACAUAAUCAAAAUAGUUUAUUAAGUCAUGUCUUAGUUCGCAAUAAUUAUUAUUUUGAUGAAAACCACAUUUUGCGUCUAACAUAGUUACAAGUUACGAUAUUCCUUCUAAAUUGGCUCGGGAACAUGUAUGGGAUAAUUGUUUAUUGUAUAAAUGUGUCAACUCCUCUCUUCCGGUGGAAAAAAAUAUGUUUGUUUAUUUUUCAGUCCUUUUGUUCUGGAUUUGUGUUGUCAUUGGGAUACAAAUGUGAUAGUCCUGGCAACCCUGCCUACAUCGGCGAACAGCGUAGUGGUGUGGAGCGUACGUCUAUCGAAGGGGUGUCGGAUAAAAUAACACUACUACUGUACCUCAGUUUCGGUGGUAAAUCAUUUUAAGGGCUUUCCUUCUGAGAAUACCUGCUCUCACACAGAAUGGACACAUACAGGCAGCACUGUUUCCCAAGUGAUCAUUAGUCCCAGCCCCAGUCAGGAGGUAAGGCCUAGAGAGGUGUCCCAGUCAGGAGGUAAGGCCUAGAGAGGUGCCCCAGUCAGGAGGUAAGGCCUAGAGAGGUGUCCCAGUCAGGAGGUAAGGCCUAGAGAGGUGCCCCAGUCAGGAGGUAAGGCCUAGAGAGGUGUCCCAGUCAGGAGGUAAGGCCUAGAGAGGUGCCCCAGUCAGGAGGUAAGGCCUAGAGAGGUGCCCCAGUCAGGAGGUAAGGCCUAGAGAGGUGCCCCAGUCAGGAGGUAAGGCCUAGAGAGGUGUCCCAGUCAGGAGGUAAGGCCUAGAGAGGUGUCCCAGUCAGGAGGUAAGGCCUAGAGAGGUGUCCCAGUCAGGAGGUAAGGCCUAGAGAGGUGCCCCAGUCAGGAGGUAAGGCCUAGAGAGGUGCCCCAGUCAGGAGGUAAGGCCUAGAGAGGUGCCCCAGUCAGGAGGUAAGGCCUAGAGAGGUGCCCCAGUCAGGAGGUAAGGCCUAGAGAGGUGCCCCAGUCAGGAGGUAAGGCCUAGAGAGGUGCCCCAGUCAGGAGGUAAGGCCUAGAGAGGUGCCCCAGUCAGGAGGUAAGGCCUAGAGAGGUGCCCCAGUCAGGAGGUAAGGCCUAGAGAGGUGACCCAGUCAGGAGGUAAGGCCUAGAGAGGUGACCCAGUCAGGAGGUAAGGCCUAGAGAGGUGUCCCAGUCAGGAGGUAAGGCCUAGAGAGGUGUCCCAGUCAGGAGGUAAGGCCUAGAGAGGUGUCCCAGUCAGGAGGUAAGGCCUAGAGAGGUGUCCCAGUCAGGAGGUAAGGCCUAGAGAGGUGUCCCGGCCCCAGUCAGGAGGUAAGGCCUAGAGAGGUGACCCAGUCAGGAGGUAAGGCCUAGAGAGGUGUCCCAGUCAGGAGGUAAGGCCUAGAGAGGUGUCCCAGUCAGGAGGUAAGGCCUAGAGAGGUGUCCCAGCCCCAGUCAGGAGGUAAGGCCUAGAGAAGUGUCCCAGUCAGGAGGUAAGGCCUAGAGAGGUGUCCCAGUCAGGAGGUAAGGCCUAGAGAGGUGUCCCAGCCCCAGUCAGGAGGUAAGGCCUAGAGAGGUGUCCCCUUAGUCAGCCAGUAUGGCCCAGGCGGAGCCCCAGCCCAGUGGGGGUAGCAGCCCCCAGCUCAUCUCCCUCCAUUCAGAGAUGUCAGAGGCAUCAGGGAACCACGUAGAGGUGGGCUCCGCCAACCGGAGGAAGAGGAGGAGGAAGGAGCCCAGACCCGAGUCCAUCAUUGUGUAUCGCUCAGACAAUGAGAGGGGGCCCGGGGAGGAGCAAGGGGGAGAGGAGGGAGGCGCCGAGAGGAGCACAGAGGGGGCCAAGUUCCUCAACACACCCACCGGCGAAGGAGGCUGGAGCGACAGGAGCAUGCCCCCAGACAGCCGUUAUGUGACCUUGACCGGCACCAUCACCAGGGGGAAGAAGAAGGGUCAGGUGGUGGACAUCCACGUUACUCUAACAGAGAGAGAACUCCGGGACAUGGCCCUCUCUAAGGAACGUCUGGACGCUGAGUGUGAGAGGGGCCAGGGCUCCAAGUGUUCCUGUGGCUUGGGGUUCUUUCAGGGCCCCCAUGUGAUCCUCUGGAGCCUAUUGUGUGCUCCUUUAGUAUUCCUUAUCGCCUUCAUCACGUCGUUUUACUAUGGAACGCUCACCUGGUACAACGUGUUCCUGGUCUACAACGAGGAGAGAACGUUCUGGCAUAAGAUCACCAUCUGCCCCUGCCUCAUCAUCUUCUACCCCAUGCUGAUCAUGCCCAUGGCUCUGUCCCUGGCUCUGUACUCCACCCUGGCGCAGGUCUCCUGGGCCUUUAGUGAGUGGUGGCUGUCUGUCCGCGACCUGGAGAAGGGGUUCUGUGGCUGGGCCUGUGGGAAGCUGGGGCUGGAGGACUGUUCUCCGUAUAGUAUCGUGGAGCUGUUGGACUCUGACAACUUCUCAGGGAGCAUGCAAGGGAAUAACAAGGCCCCCGGCGAGGAUGCUCAGACGUCCUCUGUGUGAGACUGGGUUGUAUUCGCUAGGAAGCAAACGGGUCGAAACAGGUUAGGACUUCCUGAACUUGUCCGUUAAGAAACACUUUUUGCAAGGGUGUACCCACUAAUGAAUAUAACCCUGGACUGGCGUCAUGGACACAAACACACAAACUGGUGUUGUCGUCAUACUUUCACAUUUUCUGAUACCUUCAAAAAGCUGAUUCUUGUUUUAACUUCUUACUAGUUGUUGUCGUAGUGAUCUCUGUGUUUACUGUUCCAAUCACAAUGUUGUUAUGUUCUAAAUGUUGUUAUUUAUUUCAAUAUUUCAACCGCUAGCUAGUUUAGUUGUAAGUGUUGUAAAAUGGAUGUUUUGUAUCAUAGGACGGGGCUAUUAAAAUAUGUUUAAAUGAAAUGUACUGUAACAUGAGGGUUGCUAAAAUACUGCCCAUCGUUUACUGUAUACGACACAAGACCUAUCUAUCAAACAUAUUGAUAGAUUUCUGUUGAAAAACUGUUGCACUGAAAUCCUCGAUAGGACAGGAAGGAAGUUACCUUUAUAUCUAAUGUACUGUACCUGCAUGAAGUCAUACUUUACCUUUCUCUCUUUCGGGUGGAAGAGAUUACAUUUUAAAUGGUGGCAGGGUGGAAGGAACUCUGGGACAUUCAUUCAGCAGACAGGAAUGUAGAACUACGAUUUGAAGGAUCUAAAAGGAUUUUGGUCAGUACCUCUGUUCUCUAUAUUAAGGUAAAUCUGUGUGUGUUGUUCACUCACUCUUCACAUCAUGUUUGUUGCUCACCAUGAGAUAAAAUGGAUGGAAAUAAAACCUGAAUACUUUUCACGGUUCAA